CUCGCCGGUCACACUGGCUAAAGCUUAAAAAAAAAACACUUGGCAAAAUUCAGAUAAUAAACAAAAUCAAAAAUAGUUGAAUUUCGAAUAAGAUGGAGUACGAAAGUGUGCUGAUCGUGAAGCCGGAGGUGUUUAUCUACAAAAUACCGCCCCGUGCAAGCAAUCGAGGCUAUAGAGCGGGAGAUUGGAACUUAAAAGAGCCCACCUGGACGGGCAGGAUGCGACUGGUGGCCAAGGGCACAGCCGUCGUCCUGAAGCUGGAGGACAAGACCAGUGGUGCCCUGUUCGCCAACUGCCCCAUCGACACAUAUCCCGGCGUGGCCAUUGAGGCGGUAUCCGACAGCUCCCGGUACUUUGUCAUCCGCGUGCAGGACGAUAAUGGACGAUCGGCAUUCCUGGGCCUCGGAUUUGGUGAUCGAUCAGAUUCGUUCGAUCUGAAUGUGGCGCUACAAGAUCACUUCAAGUGGGUGAAGAACCAGGAGCAGAUCGAGAAGGAGAAGACGGAGCCCAAGCAGGAGCUGGGUCUGGGAUUCAAGGAGGGCGAGACCAUCAAGAUCAACAUGAGGAUAACGAAAAAGGAUGGUUCCGAGGGAUCCUCGCGCACUGGCAAGAACAAAGGCUCCUCGGGCGUGCUGCCACCGCCGCCUGGUGGCCUUGGAAAGAUCGCUCCGCCACCGGCCGCCGCCGCAGCCACGACGGUACGGCAAAGUCCCGGCGUUUCGCCUGCCCACAGACCCGCCGCUGGAGGAUCCGAAUGGACCGACUAUGCAUCCGCCGGUGGCAACCAGGGACAACAGAACUCGGCCAAUGCCAACUGGGUGCAGUUCUAGAUAGACAUCAUCCUGUUCCUGCUGCUGCUGCGCUCCUACCCCCCAGAACUUUAUGUUUAAGACUCUUCAGAUGUGUUUUUUUUUAUUCACCAUUUGCAAGCAAAUUAUUAUCGUUUUGAAUAAGACCAAAAGAUUGAACAGAACAUUCAGCAAGGGCGUCACGCGUUAAAGUUAAAGAUUUUUAAUUCAAUUGAAAUUGUGUAUUAGUUUCCCCGCCCACCACUCGCCCACCAUCUAUCUCUCUCUCCCACUCCCUCUAUCUGCGUAAUUACGUCUCGCUCUAAUUGGAGAAGUAUGAUGAAGGUGGGCGGAGUUCUCAGUGAGCGGGGAUUUGUAGCGAACUAUUUAGUCUGGUUGUUAAUUGUAUAAAUGAAAGUAACGAUAAUUUGUAUGGAAAUUAUACUAAAAUGUAAUUUGUUAACGUCGAGAUAAUGCAAUUAAAAAUGCAUACUAAGUUUAAAUCAAGUUAUACACGAACACGAACACUGCAACAGCUAAACUGAAGUGAAAUAUUCAACUUUUGAGUACUUACACACGACACACACGCACGUAAAAAGGACAUUCCGCAGAUGAGAGAUAGGACGCACUACAUACCAAUAUAAUUUAUUGUUAACUCUAUUCCCAAUUCUCCCUGAUCCGCUUGUUUUACACCCCUACCUUAAAUGGAAUACAAGAAAUUAUGCAGAUCUAUCCACCUGUUCCCGUUUUCGGCUUUAAUCACAUUGUGUGAAAUCGGAAUUGAUUUAAUCGAACAUGAAACACUAGACAUGGAUUGAAUUUUAUUAGCCUUAGUUUCAAAUGAAUGCUUACUGGAUUAGUUAUGGUUUCACAUAAUUUGAGAGGAACGCAAUCGGGAUCAGGGCAAUAUAUAUAUUUUUUUCUGUUUUUAAAAGGCACACACAUGCAUAGCAACUAAGUAAAUCAAAUGAAUUAUAUAUAAUAUACAAUAUGAAGAAAUAUCCAUAUGUAUUAAUAAACCACAUUAUUGUAGAGAAGGAAA